GAUGAUGACGGUGACAAAGGUCUUGGUGCUGAUGAUGUUGAUGAUGGUGCGGCUGGGGAUGGUGAUUCCGGGUUGUGGGAUGAUUUGGUUAGGAACGAGUUGGAUGAUAAUGGAAAACGUGUUCAUAUAGUUGAAGGAUGUUCUAGUGUACAUAAAUCACUUGACAUUUUGAAAAAAUUUGAAGGAUUCGCUGUUGGUCAGUAUUUUGAAGACAAAGAUAUUUUCAGGUUGGCGGUUUUCGUAUAACGAAAUCGUCACAGACAUAAUUGUGGCUCAAUGUCCUGUUAAGGAUUGUGAAUGGAUGAUACGAGCAGUGAGAGACAAGGGCAGUAAACUUUUCUGUGUUCGUAAACAUGUCUGCGUGCACACAUGCAGUAUCGAUGAUAGGAACAAAUUUAGUCGGCCGCCGUCUGCGAAAUUCAUAAGUUAUAUGUUGGCAGCAAAAUUGCAAGGAACGACGACGCGUCCGAAGGCCAAAGAUGUGGUGAAUGAAAUGAGGGUUGAUCGUGGACUGAAAAUGAGUUAUUGGCAGGCAUGGAAAGCAAGAGAAAAUGCUGUCGAAAUGGUCAGAGGAUGUCCAAAAAACAGUUAUAAAUUACUACCGUCGUAUCUUGUACUGAGUAUUUGGUAGAUGAUGAUGGAAGCUUCAAAUAUGCAUUCCUUGCUUUGGGGCCAUGCUUGACAGGAUUUAGUGUGAUGAGGAAAAUGAUUGUAGUUGAUUGUACAUUCUUGACUGGCAAGUACAAAGGUGCACUUUUGAGCGCAAUGUGUCAGGAUGGAAAUGAACAGAUUUAUCCACUUGCAUUUGGCAUUGCAGAUGGAGAGAACGAUAGAUCAUGGGAGUGGUUUUUCUGUCAACUUGGUUCCUUCAUCCCUGAUACAGCGGAUACGGUCUUUAUUUCAGAUCGACACGCAUCAAUAUCAAGGGCUAUUCGUAAAGUGUAUCCUUCGGCCAAACAUGGUGUAUGUACAUACCAUUUGUCGAAAAACCUGAUGACCAAGUUCAAGUGUAAGCGCGGCACACCUUUGUUCAAGGAAGCCGCACUGGCAUUUACAAGAAGUCAUUUUGAUAGAGUGUUUGAUCAGUUGAGGAAGAUUGAUGAAGGAGUAGCUAAAUAUUUGGAGGAAAUAGACGUCAGGAUGUGGUCUCGGGCAUAUUUCGAAGGAUGCAGAUACAAUAUUAUGACGAGCAAUAUUGCUGAAUCGUGGAAUUCUGUGCUGAAGGGAGCCAAAGAUUACCCGAUUGUACCUCUCUUCGAACACAUUAGACAGACACUUACGCAGUGGUUUUUUGAACGUCGUGUCAAAGCGGCCUCCUGGUCACAAACGGUUACACCAGCAGUUACCACGCACAUAGAUAUUCUUGUGGACAAAGCGAGAAAGCUACAAGUGAAUCCAAUAUCUGCAGUGGAUUACCAGGUGAAGGGAGGUCAUGAAGAAUAUGUUGUUAAUCUUACAGCAAAAACAUGUUCUUGUCGCGCAUUUGAUAUGAUCAAGAUGCCGUGUAUUCAUGCCAUAGGUGCUGCUACGUGGUGCAAGAUGUCUGUGCACGAGCUGGUUGAUCCGGUAUAUUCAACAACAACAUGGAGAUCUGCGUAUGCAGAUUGUAUUAAUCCAAUCAAUGUCCCAAUUGAAGAAUGGCAAGUUGAAAUACAAGUGGCGGACCAGUCAUGCGCAUUUCCAUCCGUUAGAAGGCCACCUGGGAGACCGAAGAAAAGAAGACAACCGUCUUUUAUAGAAGGUGUUUUGAACAAGGCGCGGAGACCCAAUCAAUGUCGACGGUGUGGGCAACGAGGACAUAAUAGAGCAACAUAUAAAGAAUACAUACGAUGAUCCCAGUCAUAGUACCAGGGACAGAUUUAGACCCGGGUAGAUGUUCCCGGAUAGAACGUGGUAACUGUAAUAGUAUGAAAUGUGUACGUUCACAGACAAUUUAUGUGGGUUGGUAAUCCGGAUGGUUUGCUGCUUACGCAGUUGUAAUUGUCCGGAUUGGUAAUUCUGAUGGUAUGCUGAUUACGAUGUUUGAUUUCUCCGGACACGGUUUCUGUGCCGUAUAGUUAUCUGGUUUUCGUCGUAAGCGGUGGCAUGAACAUUGCGCAUGACCCGGAUGUGUAUUUCAUCCAGGAUGAUGUACGUUGUGUCCGGACGGAUGGGUUAUUCCGGGCGAAAUUUGCUAUAUUCUAGGGACUCGUAAAAACUGAAAAGUCACAUCCUUGUGACGGAAAUACUAUAAAUAGAGGCAUGACAAAGUUUACCAUUGCAAAGGUAGUGGUUAAAUUUAGGUUUAUUUUGAAUAAGAGAACAGUUUAUGAAAGGCGCAUCUGCCAUAUCAAAUUCUUCCCUGGUAUGGAUUCCAUUAUCGGAUUAUCGUCGGUGGGUAGGUUUACCGUAAACUACUCCCAUAAUGGAAUCCAUAUCAGGAAGUAUUUGUCCGUUGCAGCAGUUGGGUGAAAAAAUGAUCUCCAUCUCGAACUCCCCAUAUAACUGGACUGGAUUUGUGGAACCGCAACCAAGCAGGCGGUGGGUUCCAGCACAAAAUCAACAAUUGGCUGAUGAAUGGACGUACUUGAGGAUAGCAAAUGUUGACUUCUGUUUGUUUGUUGUUGUUAUCUUUAUUAUUUGUGUAAAUCUUACAGAGUUUGUAAAAAUUGAACAUUUAUUUCAAUAAAAUCAUUUAUAUAUUCGACAUGUGUGGAGGGAUUGUUGUACCCGGAUGUGUUUUUUCCUGUUUUGUUCUUGUAUCAUGAGGGAUAUAAAACGUCGUGCAAAAAUUUGCGGAUUUGUUUGGUAAAUUGGUAAGGCUUGUUCAACCCGGAGACUUGACGGACGGACAGAAACACUCCGAAUGUACGAGAAAUAUGAACCCGGACACAUGACGGACGGACUGGACGUGUUCAACCCGGACACUUGACGGACGGAGUCGACGUGUUCAACCCGGACACUUGACGGACAGACAGAAACACUCCGAAUGUGUUUGUUGAGACUUGUUGAUUCCGGGUUUGGACUUCUCCGGAAAUAUUGUCUCCGGACUGUAGUUAUCCGGGUAGUUAUGUAACCGUUCCCAGUAGGAAGGAAAUAAUGCCACUGUAAUACGGAGAGGUGAUAAUUAUUUCCCGGACACAUGACGGACGGACAGAAACACUCCGAAUGCGUUUGUUGAGACUUGUUGAUUCCGGGUUUGGACUUCUCCGGAAAUUUGGUCUCCGAACUCUACUUAUCCGGGUAGCUAUGUAACCUUUCCCAGUACACAUGAUGGACGGAGACGUCGUAUUCAACCCAGACACAUGACGGACGGACUCGACGUGUUCAACCCGGACACAUGACGGACGGACUCGACGUGUUCAACCCGGACACUUGACGGACGAAGUCGACGUGUUCAACCCGGACACUUGACGGACGGACAGAAACACUCCGAAUGUGUUUGUUGAGACUUGUUGAUUCCGGGUUUGGACUUCUCCGGAAAUAUUGUCUCCGGACUGUAGUUAUCCGGGUAGCUAUGUAACCGUUCCCAGUAGGAAGGAAAUAAUGCCACUGUAAUACGGAGAGGUGAUAAUUAUUUUCCGGACACAUGACGGACGGACAGAAACACUCCGAAUGUGUUUGUUGAGACUUGUUGAUUCCGGGUUUGGACUUCUCUGGAAAUUUGAUCUCCGGACAAUCACAAACCGGAUACAAAGCAAUAUACCGGACAUAUCCGGAUAAAAUGUAUAUGAUUAACCAUCCGGAUUAAUUACCAUCCGGAUACAAAGCAUUAUCCCGGACAUGUAUGAAGAUAUCCAGAUAAAAUGUAUAUGAAAAACCAUCCGGAUGAAUGACCUUCCGGACACAAUGCAAUAUCCCGGACAUGUAUGCACAUAUUCGGAUAAUAUGUAUAUGAAUAACUAUCCGGAUGGAAUAACCGGACACACAAAGCAAUAUGCACGACAUUUAACAUUCCGGAUAAUAUGAACGGUCGAGGAAAAUGUAUCCCCAACAUGAAGUAACAGGAUACUUCAACACAGCCCAAGGACAUGUAUGCAGAUAUUCCGGAAUGUAGUCUACCUGUCCGGAUGCAAUAUCCCGGACAUGUAUGCAGAUAUUCCGGAAUGUAGUCUACCUGUCCGGAUACUACAGUGGGGAACGGGAGUCAGACGUUACCGUAACCAAUAUUUAAAUCUUCACCACCAAUACUUUACUGGGAACCCAUACAUGUACAACCAAACCACAGCCUCUCUCGAAAAGGCGACAUAGACGUUAGUAAACUACAAUAUUUUUGGAAAACAUUGACUAUGUUGCGAGACACGAAUCACAAUAACCACAAACACGUUAAAAUGACUGAAUAACAUACAUGUUAUGGAAUUCGUGUGUCGCCGGGAUUCUUGUGUUUCGCCCUACAAUCGUCUUCGCCCUAACUGUUCUUCGUGUUUUGAAAAAUGAAAUUUGGAGAGAGAAACAAAAUGGCGGUUCCAUUUUGUUCUCGACAUGACGCCUCCGCUUCAGGAGCAUUGUAGGGAUUAAAAAAAAAAAGGUAUACUUUGCAAAGGUCAAAACAUUAUUGUCACACUUUGCAAAAUAUGCCAUCUUUUUGUCACAGUUACUCAAUAACCCUUUUUUUUUUUAAUACCUCCUCCUUGGCUGUAUCUUACUGAUUGAUUGGAUUUGUCGAUGCUUUAUGAAAUUUUUCUCGAGAAUUUUAGUAGGAUCAUAUAUAUGCCUACGAGGAAAGGGGAGAUAGCUCAUUGCUUAUUGUAGAAGGUACACCUCCCUCGUAUUUUAUUGUGAAGCCGAUAGAUAAGGUUUGAGACAGUGUUAGAGAAUAGCCGGCAGUCUCGAGGGCAUUAUGUUAUGGAGAACUUUAUCAUAUGUUAAGAUUUGGUGUUUCUAAGAUCACGAGUUACGAGUAUCAAUCAUGACUCUCCUUUUUCUGAAAUUCUGUGAAGAACAAACAAUCUGCUGAUAUGUUACUUGAGAAGGUUAUUAUGCUUAUGCCUUUUGUAGGCUAAGGAUUAAGGCUAGGUCAGGUCUCAAAAAUAUGUCUCAAUGUAUUCCCUAUAACACCGCUCCCUAAUUCGACAUUGCAGAUUUCUUAUUUAUCGGCUAUGGAAGUGAAUUUGGUUCGCCCGUUUGUUAGAAGAGCCUUAGAGGCAUUCUAUAAGCAUGACAAGCCAGAGCCUUUGCAAGAUCAAGAUGCUACAACUAGUAGACAACAACGGGAAGCUAACAUCGAACCCAGACGACCUCUGAGGCAACGUUGAGGUUUUACAUCGGUCCUUGCCUUCCGCCCCCCCCCCCCC